AUUGUCGAUUAGUCCCGGUUGUCCGAUCAUCGCCGGCAUCAAGCAGACUCACUGCAACAACUCAUCGGAGGAGUAUUAACAGAUACAUAAGUGAAAUAAUUAUCUCAUAAUGAAUUACAACAACUUGCUUUUGGAUAUUGAUAACAUUCCCGUCAAAUACUUUAUCUCUGCGCCAGCGUUUAUAUUUGUGCUAUUCAUAUUUUUUUACUACUGGUAUCUGAGUGUCCGGGAGUGUCGAAGAUCUCGGCUACGUGAGAGUACGCCUUUGUUAGGGCAACUCAGUGAAGAUCAGUACCAAGUUUAUUAAAAAAGCGUGUGAAUCAUGGAAGAGAUAAAGUCACAAGGAAAAUAAAUAUAUAUUCUGCGAUUUAUUUACAAAUAAGAUAAAUACUUAAGUGGUAAUGGGAAAACAUCAAGACCAAGGCUGUGGUUCUUAUCACUGUGGUCUGUCCACGUAGUGACGAUGAGCACCAAGGGUGUGAGCAACGCUAAAUAAAUUACAAAUUAUUAUUUUUAUUUUUGCCACUAUGCUGCUAAAUAUUUUAUCUUAAUAUUACAUGUAAAAUUAAAAUAUAGCGUAUUUCUAAAAAUAAAUUGAAGUGCCAUCGUUACUUUUAUCUUUCCUUGUUAAUUAUUUUUUUUGUUGAUAUAAUUUAUUCAUAGCUGCAAUGAAUGUGAUCUUUUUGUAAACAUUUAAUUUCCGAUUUGGAUAAUGUUAAUUAAAGUACAAAAGGCCGCUGAAAAGUAGGUUUUGUCUAAGGAAAUGUGUACACCAUUUUGUUGUUAAUUCCUAAUAUAUAAUUAAGCUGUCAUAAUAGUAAUAAUGUACCAAAAAUAUAAGACCAAUACUAGGAAUAUACCCAGAAUCUGGCAUAUUUAUUACAUUAAAUUACAUAUAUUAUAUUACAAAUUACAUGAAAUAUGUAUUGAAAGUUUAAACAGGUUAAUAUAUUCCAUAUAUUGUUUUAUUAAAAAUUUUACAUAUAUGUACUAUAGUA